GGCCCACGCCAGGAGAUGGAUGCUUGGAUCUGGGACACUGAGGUGAGGACUAAACCCCAAUGGCUUCAGCUCCUGCUUUCUCCCCUGCAGCCCCAGCUGGGUGGAAGCACCUUCCCACAGCAAAGCAGCACUGGCUCCUCAGGAAGCCCACAGCCACAUUUGAAUGCCAGUAAGAAGCACAACAAGCCGGAUCUUCUCAAUUUCAAGAAGGGAUGGAUGUCCAUCCUGGACGAGCCAGGAGAGUGGAAGAAACAUUGGUUCGUGCUGACCGACUCGAGCCUGAGGUAUUACCGGGACUCAAACGCAGAGGAGGCUGAUGACCUUGACGGAGAAAUCGACCUCCGUUCCUGCACGGAUGUGACAGAGUUCGCGGUGCAGCGCAACUACGGCUUCCAGAUACACACAAAAGAUGCCGUCUUCACCCUGUCAGCGAUGACCUCUGGUAUCCGGCGCAACUGGAUCGAGGCCCUGAGGAAGAAUGUGCGCCCAGUCAGCGCUCCAGACGUCACCAAGCUCCCUGACUGUGACAAGGAGAACUUCCGUAACUGCGUUCCCCAGAAAGGCGCACUCCGGACGGAGGAGCAGCAGCGGCCAGGCUCGAGCUCCGAGGGGAACUCCAAGGGCAGUCACUGGAAGGCAGAUGGGCAGCGCCAUGCCUUUGACUAUGUGGAGCUGUCCCCCUUGCCACAAGACCCUGGAAAUCAGGGGUCCCUGCAGAGGACAAAAGGGAGCUUGAGGAUCUCUGACCGAACUCCCAAGUACGAGGAGCUGGAGCGGGAUCUGGCCGUCCGUUCAGAGGAGAGGCGGAAAUGGUUCGAGACGCCCGAUGGCAGGGUCCCAAACAGCGAUGGCCCCGCAGGAGAGCCUUCCCACAAGGCUGGGGAGCAGGACCUCCCCGCUCCUCCGCUUUCGGAGGACCAGCGGAUCCGUCUGAAUGAGGAGAUAGAGAAGAAGUGGCUGGAGCUGGAGCGCCUGCCCUUGAAGGACUUGCGGCGGGUGCCCUUGACAACGCUGCUGAACCAAAGCAAGGGGGGCCAGGGAGACACCAAUGAGGCGCUGAAAAAGGAGAUCCAGUCACUGCGGGCACAGCUGGAGUCCUGCCAGGCCAGAAAUGAGAGCCUUCGGGAGGCAGCAAAAUCCCAGGGGGACAGCCACGUGCCCCGAGGGUACAUCUCACAGGAGGCCUGCGAGCGCAGCCUGGCUGAGAUGGAGUCAUCCCACCAGCAAGUGAUGGAGGAGCUGCAGCGGCACCACCAGCGGGAGCUGGAGCGGCUGCGGCAGGAGAAGGAGCGGCUCCUGGCAGAGGAGGCAGCGGCAACGGCAGCAGCCAUUGAGGCACUGAAGAAAGCCCACCGGGAGGAGAUGAAUAAGGAGCUGGGCAGGACUCGGAGCUUCCAGCAAUGCAGCUCACUCCCAGAAGCCCUCCAGAAGCAGCACCAGUUGGACGUGGAGUCACUGAAGCGGGAACUGCAGGUGCUUUCUGAGCAGUAUUCCCAAAAGUGCCUGGAAAUUGGGGAGCUCACCCAGAAGGCGGAAGAGCGGGAGCAGAUAUUGGAGCGCUGUCAGCGGGAGGGGAAGGACCUCCUCCAGAAAAAUCAGGAGCUGCAGACCCGCCUCUCGGAUGAGAUCGGGAAGCUGCGGAGCUUUAUUUCAUCGCGGGGCUCUGGGGACCGCGCUUCGCACAACAACGAGCGGAGUUCCUGCGAGCUGGAGGUGCUGCUGCGGGUGAAGGAGAAUGAGCUCCAGUACGUAAAGAAGGAGGUGCAGUGCCUCCGGGAGGAGCUGCAGAUGAUGCAAAAGGACAAGAGAUUCGCCUCAGGGAAAUACCAAGAUGUCUAUGCAGAGCUGAAUCACAUCAAGGUGCGCUCGGAGCGAGAGAUCGAGCAGCUGAAGGAGCACCUGCGCCUGGCCAUGGCGGCUCUGCAGGAGAAGGAGUCGCUGUGCAACAGCAAGUAGCGGUCUGCUCUACAUUUGUUAUCUGUUCUUGUUUUGUAUUUGCUCCAUUCCUCACCUGUGAGGAGAGGGAGGUUGAAUCCCCACCCAUUACCACCUUGGCAAGGAAUCCCACACACCCCCAACCUCCUCUUUCCCCUCCCAAAGCUGUUUUUGAUGAAACCCUUUUUGCCUGCAUACCUGAGCACAUUGUUUGGACUGGCUCCUUACAUGCACCUUCUUCAGGAUUUUAUAUGUGAAAAUUAUAUUUUAUAGAGGAAUUUUUUCCCCCGUGGAAAGAAGGGGAAGAGGAGGAGGAAAACUUUUACCACAUCACCAGCAUUUUUCUAACCUGAAAAAGAGAACCUGUUUUUUUUCCCCCCCUUUCCUAGCCCUGUUUCUCCUGGCCACACACAGCCACCUUCGGCACAUAUUCCCUCUCUUCCAAAUGUCUCCACGGUCCCCCUGGGAUGUAGGGCAAGGACCACGCUCCCCCUCCCCGUGCCACCCCCAGGGACCCGCGGAGAAGACACGCAAGCCAUAGGAGGGAGCCGCCGGGGCGAUCUGCCAUGGAUGUGCUUGCCUGAGAUGGUUGAAAGAGGACACCUUGGCAAGAGUCCACAUGAUCGAGCUCUCUCUCCGUGACUGCCCUUUUGGCUCCUGCAAGAACCUGAACUGGCAGGAGCCCAGAGCCACGGGGCUUCUCCUUUCUGGGGAAGAGGAGCUGUGAGGCUGCUACUGCACCCGCCCGAGCCAACCUCCCCAAAGUGGCAGCUGCUGCUGCUCUGCUGUGCCCUUCAACUUUUAAAUUAAUAAAAUCUUCCCCUUUUGCUGAGAAAAAUGUGUUUCUUGAGAAGAAGACUUGCCAUGUGGCCCUAAUCCAGUGGAUUUGGUGAGGGAAAGCAGCAGGAGCACCCCUGGCCAGAGAGUGAGAGGAGCCUUGCAGUGCUGUUAUCCAGUAGUUUGCCCCACCUUUGGAUUUGAGGGGGGAAAUAAUCUGCUCCCAAAAUUUCACGUGGACCCUGCGCCUCAUGGAGGAAGAGCUGAGCCUGGGCUGCAUUUAGUAAAUCCAGUAUUGGAAGGGCACAUGGCACUGCAAAUUGCUGGCAGAAUCAACAGUAUAUAGAGAUCCUGGGGAAAUGAUAGAGAUCUAAAAUGCUUUCUUCCUCUUG